UCCUGUAGCGGGUGCUCUGCGGCGCAGGGGCUCGGCGGCGCGCUCGGCACUGCCCGGUGCGUGCGGGGGAAAGCAGGCGGGCGGUCGCCGGGGAGCGGCCGCGGCGGCGGGAGCGCCCGCGAGGAGGGCAAAUCGCCGAUUCCUGCCGAUUGUACAUGCCUUUUGGUUUUGGGGAACAGAACGCACCAUGGGACAACCUCAAAGAUCUCUCCAGACGGGGUCUCUUACUUGGGUGAUGUGUCUGCUCUCCUGACUGUCUUAAUACCCAAAGGAUUUAUUUUCCUUUUGGAAAUAUUUUAAGUUGAAAUCUUGUUCCUUACUGGAAAUCGUCUACACUAAAGACUGCAUGCAUCAUGGGUGACAUGGCAAACAACUCGGUUGCAUAUAGUGGUGUAAAAAAUGCUGUAAAAGAAGCUAAUCAUGGAGAUUUUGGAGUUACUCUUACAGAGCUUCGUUCUCUUAUGGAACUUCGAGCUGCAGAUGCACUGCAUAAAAUACAGGAAUGCUAUGGAGAUGUACAUGGCAUCUGCACAAAGUUGAAAACUUCACCAAAUGAAGGUUUAAGUGGAAAUCCAGCAGAUAUAGAAAGGAGAGAAGCAGUUUUUGGGAAGAACUUUAUACCUCCUAAAAAGCCAAAAACAUUUCUUCAGUUAGUAUGGGAAGCACUACAGGAUGUUACAUUAAUUAUAUUAGAAAUUGCAGCCGUAGUAUCCUUGGGCCUUUCUUUUUACCAGCCUCCAGGAGGAAAUGAAUCAUUAUGUGGAUCAGUAAAUGUUGGUGAAGAAGAAGAGGAAUCUGAAGCAGGUUGGAUUGAAGGAGCAGCAAUCCUCCUAUCUGUAGUUUGUGUGGUAUUAGUAACAGCUUUCAAUGACUGGAGCAAGGAGAAACAAUUUCGGGGAUUGCAGAGCCGUAUUGAACAAGAACAGAAAUUCACAGUCAUCAGAGGUGGUCAAGUCAUCCAAAUACCAGUAGCUGACAUAAUUGUUGGAGAUAUUGCACAAGUGAAAUAUGGUGACCUUUUGCCAGCUGAUGGUGUACUCAUUCAAGGAAAUGACCUCAAAAUUGAUGAAAGCUCACUGACUGGAGAAUCUGAUCAUGUUAAGAAAUCACUGGACAGAGAUCCUAUGCUGCUAUCAGGUACACAUGUGAUGGAAGGCUCUGGAAGAAUGGUGGUAACUGCUGUAGGUGUUAACUCUCAGACUGGAAUCAUCUUCACCUUACUUGGGGCUGGAGGAGAUGAAGAGGAGAAGGAGAAGGAAAAAGAGAAGAAGGACAAGAAAAGUAAAAAGCAAGAUGGAGCUGUUGAAAACCGUAACAAAGCUAAAGCUCAAGAUGGUGCAGCCAUGGAAAUGCAACCACUGAAGAGUGAGGAUGGUGGGGAUGGAGAUGAGAAAGACAAGAAGAAAGCAAACUUGCCAAAGAAAGAAAAGUCAGUUCUCCAAGGCAAACUCACAAAGCUUGCGGUUCAGAUUGGCAAAGCAGGUUUGUUGAUGUCUGCAAUCACAGUCAUUAUCCUUGUGUUAUAUUUUGUAAUUGAUACCUUCUGGGUUCAGAAGAGACCUUGGCUUGCUGAAUGUACACCAAUUUAUAUUCAGUAUUUUGUGAAGUUCUUCAUUAUUGGAGUUACAGUCUUGGUGGUGGCAGUACCAGAAGGUCUUCCACUUGCAGUCACUAUAUCUCUGGCUUACUCUGUUAAGAAAAUGAUGAAAGAUAAUAACUUGGUGAGACAUCUGGAUGCAUGUGAAACAAUGGGCAAUGCUACAGCGAUUUGCUCAGAUAAAACAGGAACAUUGACCAUGAACAGAAUGACAGUGGUCCAAGCCUACAUCAAUGAAAAACAUUAUAAAAAAAUUCCAGAACCAGAAGCUAUUCCAGAGAAAACCAUGGCUUACCUUGUGACAGGAAUUUCUGUUAAUUGUGCUUAUACUUCCAAAAUACUGCCUCCUGAAAAAGAAGGUGGCCUACCACGUCAUGUUGGAAAUAAAACUGAAUGUGCCUUGCUGGGAUUGCUCUUGGAUUUAAAACGUGAUUAUCAGGACGUAAGAAAUGAGAUACCAGAAGAGGAUUUGUACAAAGUGUACACCUUCAACUCUGUUAGAAAAUCUAUGAGUACUGUGUUAAAAAAUUCUGAUGGCAGUUUCCGGAUAUUCAGUAAAGGUGCCUCUGAGAUAGUUCUUAAAAAGUGCUUCAAAAUACUGAGUGCUAAUGGAGAACCAAAGGUAUUUAGACCUAGGGACCGUGAUGAUAUUGUGAAAACUGUAAUUGAGCCAAUGGCUUCUGAAGGUCUCAGAACCAUCUGCCUGGCAUUCAGAGACUUCCCAGCAGGGGAACCUGAGCCAGAGUGGGACAACGAAAAUGAUAUUGUUACUGGUCUGACAUGCAUUGCUGUUGUUGGGAUUGAAGAUCCUGUGAGACCUGAGGUACCUGAUGCAAUAAAGAAGUGUCAACGUGCAGGCAUAACUGUACGUAUGGUCACAGGUGAUAACAUUAACACUGCUCGUGCUAUUGCAUUAAAAUGUGGUAUUCUGAAUCCUGGUGAAGACUUCCUGUGUUUAGAGGGCAAAGACUUUAACAGGAGAAUACGCAAUGAAAAAGGAGAGAUAGAGCAAGAGCGAAUAGAUAAAAUUUGGCCAAAGCUUCGUGUUCUUGCAAGGUCUUCUCCCACUGACAAACACACUCUAGUAAAAGGUAUAAUUGACAGCACUGUCUUUGACCAGAGGCAAGUUGUAGCAGUAACUGGUGAUGGUACCAAUGAUGGUCCAGCUCUGAAGAAGGCAGAUGUUGGAUUUGCUAUGGGUAUUGCUGGAACAGACGUAGCUAAAGAAGCUUCUGAUAUUAUCCUUACAGACGACAACUUCACAAGUAUUGUUAAAGCAGUUAUGUGGGGACGAAAUGUCUAUGACAGCAUCUCCAAAUUUCUUCAGUUCCAGCUUACUGUCAAUGUAGUAGCAGUAAUUGUUGCUUUUACAGGAGCAUGCAUAACACAAGAUUCUCCGCUCAAAGCUGUGCAGAUGCUGUGGGUAAAUCUCAUAAUGGACACAUUAGCUUCGCUUGCCCUGGCAACAGAACCGCCCACUGAAGCUCUUCUGUUGCGAAAGCCUUAUGGUAGAAACAAACCUUUGAUUUCUCGUACAAUGAUGAAGAACAUUUUGGGUCAUGCAUUCUACCAACUUGUUGUGGUAUUCACACUCCUGUUUGCUGGUGAGAAAAUUUUUGAUAUCGAUAGUGGAAGAAAUGCACCUCUGCAUGCUCCUCCUUCAGAGCAUUAUACUAUAGUAUUUAAUACAUUUGUGAUGAUGCAGCUUUUUAAUGAAAUUAAUGCCCGAAAAAUUCAUGGUGAAAGAAACGUUUUUGAAGGAAUCUUUAACAACGCUAUCUUCUGUUCUAUUGUUCUGGGGACAUUUGUUGUGCAGAUAGUUAUUGUGCAGUUUGGUGGGAAGCCUUUCAGUUGCUCAGAACUCUCAAUUGAACAGUGGCUGUGGUCCAUUUUCCUGGGCAUGGGCACACUACUCUGGGGCCAGUUGAUUUCAACAAUUCCAACCAGCCGUCUGAAAUUCCUCAAAGAAGCUGGUCAUGGAACACAAAAGGAAGAGAUUCCUGAAGAAGAACUAGCAGAAGAUGUAGAGGAGAUUGAUCAUGCUGAGAGAGAAUUGCGUCGUGGUCAGAUCUUGUGGUUUAGAGGCCUAAACAGAAUACAAACUCAGAUGGGAUGGUCCUUUCUCUUGUUCUCUCUCUCUCUUGCUGAGCAAGCUGUCACAAUCUCUGAUUCCUUGCAGAUGGAUGUAGUGAAUGCUUUCCAGAGUGGAAGUACCAUUCAGGGGGCUCUAAGGCGGCAACCCUCCAUCGCCAGCCAGCACCAUGAUGUAACAAAUAUUUCUACCCCUACACAUGUAGUGUUUUCCUCUACUACUGCUUCUACUACUGUGGGGUAUCCGAGUGGUGAAUGCAUUUCGUAGCUCCUUGUACGAGGGGCUAGAGAAACCUGAGACACGAAGUUCAAUUCACAAUUUUAUGACGCAUCCUGAGUUUAGAAUAGAAGACUCCGAACCUCAUAUUCCCCUUAUUGAUGAUACUGAUGCUGAAGAUGAUGCGCCAACAAAACGCAACUCUACUCCCCCACCCUCUCCCAAUAAAAAUAACAAUGCGGUUGACAGUGGAAUUCACCUUACAACAGACAUGAACAAGUCUGCUACCUCUUCAUCCCCAGGAAGCCCACUACAUAGUUUGGAAACAUCACUCUGAUUGUAAGCUGAAUGUUAACACACUAGCUGCUUUGUAAAGAAAUUGAAACUGGGUCUCUUCACACAUUAUGAUGGACAAGAUGAUAUUCUUGUCUUGGACUUCAACAGAAGACACACUUGUACGAAUGUAGAUUUAUUUUUUUAAAAAAAGCUUUCUGCCAGACUGGAGGGUGCUUUUCUGGGGGUGGGAGUAAUAAUGAACUCUGACAGAUAAACAGUAACUCGGCAUAAGUGACCUGUGGAUCAUCUGUUGUACUUAAGAAUGAUCCUGAAGAGUGUGUUAGCAGAGCUUUAGUUUAUCAUGAUCCUUUUCUGAGGGGAAGGCUGGGAAGGUCAAGGAGGCCCUGGAUCAUUGAAUUGAUACUUUAAUUUCUGCUGUUGGCUGUUAAUAAUUUGGAUUAUUUAUGUUUAUAAAUGAUACAGAUCUGUUUACAAGGUUUGUAGAUACUUUUUUGUUCCUGUUCAUAGAUGGGAAGCUUCCUUAUAAAUGAUGCAGAGAAGAAAACAAAAGAAAACAAAAAAAAUAAAAAACAACAAAAAAACUAGUCCUUCAAAUACUGCUGUAUUUUCAGGAAAAGGGUGUUUCUAUUGAAACUGUACUAAAUUUUGCCUGCAAUUUACCUUGUUAAAUAUUGUAGAUAAAUUGCUACUACUAAUAGCCAAAUAGAUAACACUAAUGCUUUGUAAAAACAUGAGCAGUGGUGUUCUAAUGAAGUUAUGGCCUCUGUCCUAAUUAGUUUCUUAAAUACAUUUACUACUUAAUGGUUUUGAAACAACUGUUUAAUUUUUAAAAAUUUUGAGAAACUUAAUGAAUAACUUUUGUUCAGAACUUAGGAUUGUUUAAUGCAGGACAUCAAUAUGUGAUGGAACUUGCUUGAAAUAUUUCUGUUAUCUCGGGCAAAAUGGAUUAAAUCAAAAUACAUCAGAAUCUUAGUCCUUUGUUUUUGUCUAAUCAUGUUAGUUUAGUGCUGUCUUGGUGAACUGUGAGUGGAACUGUGAUUUUUUUCUAAUCUAUAGAAUCCUUCAUGCAGCAUGAGGGCUGUUGGCAUUUUGAAAGGUUGUUAGUGGGUAGCAUACAUGUUCUCCUUUUUGUUUUUGAAACUUGUUUGUAAACAUGAAUAAAUCUGCCCUUUUGUUAAAAUAAAA